CUGCAGAAGAACACCUUAACCCCUGUAAGGAAGGAGUUCAUAGCAAGCACAGUCAUCGGUACCUACAAGAACCUGACCGCUCAGGACUUUAUCAGGUCAGAAUGAUCAUGUUAGGGCAUUUAUAACCUUUCUGGGCAAGUGCAUGUUUUAUUUCAAUCAUUCUGCUCACGUUUAUGGUUAAAAAUCUUCAAUUCUAGGCUGGGGAAUAUCUCAUGCAUGGCAGAGCCAGCAGACCUCCUUGCAUACAAUAACACUGAGGCCUUUCGAGUCAUCCAGGACACCCUCAUGAACUGUGCACUCAAAGGAAUCAGCAUGCCCAGCCAGCUGAUCUCUAUUGUCUUAAGGAACAGCCCAGAGCUGCAGACCCCAUCCUCACUCACGUCUGACCGGCUGACAGAGAUCGCCCCCCUCCUCCCUUUGGUAGGAGGGGCUUUCCUGCAGAGACUCACAGCAUCACAACUGCUCCCUGCCCUACCUGCCCUCAGCGCCACCCCCUUCACUGCAGCACAGGCCUCCAUCAUCAUGGAGAAGCUAUAUCCCACUCUCACUCAGGGCCAGCUGCAGGAGCUCGGUUCCUUGGCUUUGGGAAUGAAGACGUCGACCCUGAUGACCUUCACCUCAGAUAAACUGCUGUCAUUCCUGAAAGCUUUUAGCCAAAGCACCAAAGCCCUGGACCUCUGUUCACAGCAAGCGAAUGCUAUCACCACCAAACUAUGGGGUUUUCCAGAGGUUGUUGACUGGUUGAACAACGUGGAGCCAUUGCUCAACUGCACCCCUCUGAUUAGUGUCCUGCGCAGAACUCGCCCACUUUUAAACAAUCUCUCCAACACAAUCACUAAAAAGUGGAACACACAGCAGGCUCAAGAAAUUUUCACUGAACUGCUCAGUACAAAUCCAAAUGAAGCUAAACAAAAUUUUCUGGGUUUAGGAACACUGGGUCAAGGUUUGACCUGCAAGAUCCUACAGGAUCACUUCCGGGCCAAUCCAUCCCCUUCUUCCGUGAGGAAAGUCUUGGCAUUCCUACGGCAUCAACCCAAUCUUCUGCACACUUCACUGAAAAAGUGUUUGGUAGAGGCGAUUUCUCAGUUUGAAUUCCUCUCUGAGCUGCUCGAGGAUCUUGGAGUUGAAAUAGCUUUGUCCAUGCCGGUGAGCACUAUUAAGAAGUUUGCUGCGGAUGAGAUGGACACUUUGAGGAAGAUGAUUAUCCAGGAACCUCACCAGUUUCUCAUGCUAUCCAAAACCAAACAGGAACUACUGGUGGACAAAAUAGCUCAGAGACUGGGCAUGUACACAGCAGACUUCACAGAAGAGGAGUUUCAAUCACUUGGGAUUAUGGCGCCAUUUGUGAUGGAUGAAAUCUUUAUUCAAGUCGAUCGCAGCUUUUUCCUUACAAAUCUGGAUGCCCUCAAAGAGCUCUGCUACAGUGGCAGUAAGAUGGAAAUCGUGGCCCGUAUUCUGCAAGAACCUGGUGUUUUUGGGAUCUGAUGACAGUGGGACGCAUAGAGAAGCUGUUCAUGAGCCAGAGACAGUGGGCUCAGGGAGGAGUGGGGAUCCUCUGUUCCGACCAGAACGACAUGAAGGCCAUUUUUGACAAGCAGCAGUUUGUCCUGCAGUUAUUCCUGGGCUUCCUCAAAAUGAAUCCUUCUUCAUCAACACCCAUUGUUCCCACCUGUGAGAUGCUGCACACAACAGCGCCCUCUGUCUGGACGUCCAGCAGUCUGAGCAGCAUGUCAUCAUCUGCCUUCUCCAACUGUCUGGAGCUGAUGGGCAAAGACUCAUAUUUAGCAUUCUUCCAACGCGGCGAGGUGCUCAAGAGGGUGAAAAAGAUGUAUGGCCCAGUGUCAUCAUUAUCCCCGUCUGUGGUUGCUCAGUUGGGUGUAAUAGCGACAGAGCUGACGCCAGAAGAACUUAAUGUUCUCCAGCUGACAGAGAGAAGAAGCAUCGCUGCCAUGGGAGCUGUCAAAUCUUGGUCCAGCAAACAGCUUGCUGCUCUGUUCUCCGCCGUGUUAAACUCCACCAAGCAGAGUCCGAACCAGCUAGACUCCAGCACUCUGGUGGCAGUGGGACACAUAAUAUGUGGGGCUAAAACCACAGAGAUCAAGCUACUCAAUAAUGUAGAGUUCAGCAAAGCAGUCCUCUGCCUGGGUCGGCUGAGUCUGUCCUGCUCGGAGGAGCAGCUGCAGGCUCUUGUUGAGCUGCUCUCCCACAGCCUUGCUUUUGGUCCCAUGAGUUCAUGGGGAACGGAUGUGUUCAUGGAGAUUGGAGUCCUGGCAGCUGGUCUCCCUGAUAUUGCUAUGUCAGCUUUAGUUCAACAGCAAAUUGAAGGAAUCACCCCCAUGGCCAUCUCAAUGAUUUCACCUCAAAAGUUUGCUGUGGCGCUUAACCAGAAGCAGAUCAGCAUGUUUUCCUAUGAGCAGGCGGCUGCAGUGACUCAGCAGCAGAUCUCUGUUCUGUCAGAUGUGCAGAGGACAGCUCUUGAUAUGGUGCUGACUCCUUGGGUGAACAGGCCUGUAGACUUCAGAGGGAGGUCAAUGGGCUUGGUGCUGAGCGUCAACCCUUCAUGUCUCAUAUUUGGACUACUGAUGCAACUAGUUGUCCUGUUCUGCUCAAACACAUAAGCUGACUCUGCUAAGCUGCUUCAGGACUGAUACAAAGCAUAACAAGAAAAUAUUAAGCUAAUGAGUAAGAUGCAUUUUUCUGUGCUGGAGAAAGAGGAAACCCAUUUUGAGUUCUGUAUGUUGUGUUACCUGAGAUUUUACUCAAAGUUGUUGCAACAAAAUCCUUUACCAUAACCAUAACAUAACUAGAGAAUUUUGAAAUGUCAUAAAGCUUUGGGGAAUUUAAACCACAUAGAAAACUUACAUGAAAUAAAAGUUAACAUUACGUUUUCUAAAAACAUGUAUAUUGUACAAAACAAAGCUGUAAAUGUAUUACAAAUCUAAAAAUGUAUCGAAAAAUUGUACAGUAUUUGUCUUUGUUAUUGCAAUUUGUCAGGUUUAUUUGUUCUUCUUCUUUUCCUUUUGGCUUUUCCCUUCAGGGGUUGCCACAGCGAAUCAGUUUCCUUCAUCUAAGCCUGUCUUCAGCAUCCUCCACUCUAACACCAGCCACCUUCACGUCUUCAUUCACUGCAUCCAUAAACCUCCUCUUUGGUCUUCCUCUAGACCUCUUGCCUGGCAGCUUUAAACUAGUCUGUUUCUUACAAAUGAUUGUGCAUUGUGUUUUGAGUUUUGUAUUGUUGUGUUUUCUUUCUUUUCAUUAACUUUGAGCUAAAUCGUUCAAUUAAACCACUUGGGCUCUGAA